AUGUUGUUUCCACGUUUUAUCACCUUUGCGCUCAUCCUUGCUUUUGCAAUGGUCUUCAACGUUGCCAUGGCCGGUCCCUAUCCAUCCUUCAUAACUUCAAGCCAAAAUGUGAAUUGGAACCAAAACCUAUACGCUUGGAAUUCCCAAUACAACUGUCCAACCUAUAAUCAGCAACCUUUGUUUUAUUCAGACAAUCAAUUUUUCUACGAGUUCGCAAAUAUUCGAUACUAUGUUCAAGGCUGUAAUUUGUCACCCAACAUUUGUUUAACAUACCCUGUUAACACGUGGAAUCCAUUGAGUUACAAUGGCUAUUCCGCCUGGAGCUGGAAUAACCUCAGGCUCCGUUACAAUAAUGGAUGGAACUUCCUUUGA